UAAUAACCUUCGUUAAAUGUUUCAUAUUUCAGUCUCUCAGUUUACUGUUGAACUGAUAUGAUCAACUAGUGUGUGCUUAUUGUGCUCGUAAAGUGUUUCUCAGAGCACAAACGAACAACUCGCUCUACUAUAAGUCCCAGCGAAAAGAGGCUCCGCUAAAAUGGCAAGUUUUUCGCCUUCACCAAACCAAAAAUUUUGUUCCAAGAUACCACCACCAAUGGCACCACGGGAUUCUUGGGGACAAACAAGUACAAAAUCCCAACAAAGUUCUUCGAUUGAUGGUCUUUUAAAUGCUGACUCGUCCUCAAAACAAGCUCCAGUUUUGAAACCAGUGUUCCCAACCAAAACAACACAGAGCAGUAGUACAUCUUCAAAGGAAUUGCCAAGAUUAAGGAGGUACAUCGGCAAAGUUAAGUAUGCCAAUGAUAAUUUUGCCGGUCCGGAUUUAGUGAGGUACAUCGGAAACCCGCUGGAUAUUGAUAAUAACUAUUUAAAACAACUUGAGAGAAUACGACUAACAGGAUACGGACCUAAUGCUGUUGCGGGCGCGGCUCAAACAUCAUUGUCGCCUCCAAAGGAUAUGGAAAUUGAAGAUUUCAAAUGUGUUGGAGCGGCAUCGUUUACUAACAAAAACAAUGAUACUAUUAUUACUAUUGAGGUCGAUCUAGGGGACAAUCUGGUUAAUAUUGAUGACGACUUAUCAAAAAAGCUUGAGAGAAUACGACUAACAAGAUACAGUCCUGAUGAUGUUGCUGGGGUGCCUCAAACAUCAUCGUCGCAUCCAAAGGUUAUGCAAAUUGAAGAUUUAAGAUGUGUUGGAGUGGCAUCCUCUACUAACGAAAACAAUGAAACUUUUGGGGACAAUCUCAGAGGUACUCUGACCAAGAAGUUGGAAGAUAAGUUUGCCGAUCCAGAUUUAAUGAGAUACAGUAAUUAUGGUGUUGCACAGGCUCCUCAAACAUCAUCGUCGUAUCCAAAGGAUAUGAAAAUUAAAGAUUUUAAGUGUUUUGGAGCGGCAUCCUCUACACGCGAAAACAACUAUACUAUUGAGGACAAUCUCGGAGAUAGUCUGACCAACAAGUUGGAAGACAAGUUUACCGAUCCAAAUUUAAUGAGGUACAUCGGAAACAAUAAGGUUAAUAUCGAUGAUGAGUUCUCAAAAAAGCUUGAGAGUAUACGACUAACAAGAUACAGUAAUAAUGGUGUUGCAGAGGCUCGUCAAACAUCAUCGUUGCAUCCAAAGGAUAUGAAAAUUGAAGAACUUAAAUGUGUUAGAGCGGCAUCCUGUAGUUACAACUACAACAAUGAUACUUUUGAGAUCAAUCUUGGGUAUGAUUUGGUCAGGCAGCUGGAAAAUAUAUUUGCCGAUACAGCGGCAUCCUCUAGUUACGACAACAAUGAUACUUUUGAAGUCAAUCUCGGGAAUGAUUUGGUCAAGCAGCUGGAAGAUAAAUUUGCCGAUCCAGAUUUACAGUACCCGAAAGGAUUUCAGCCUGUCGUUCAAAUGCCUGUUGCGUUUGCCAGGAAAUUUUACAAGAUUUGCGUGAAAUCAAUGUAUGAACAACAGGACAUACAUCAGGAUGAAAAACUUCCAGAAACUUACAAGAAGGGGAAAAUGCAGUAG